UUUGUAAACCACACUUGUCUUUUUAAGCGUUGAUGUGACAGUCAGCCUGCCAGUCGGUCGGGGAGCCUGCAGCCUGCAGCCACGCUUGCAGGAUGAAGGCCCACUGGUGGAGCUGUGUGUUGGGAUUACUCUGCAUGCCUGCUAGCGUAAUGCUCAGCACCUGGACAGGUGAGUGUGAGUUUUCACAAGAUCCCUCGUCCAUCUCUCUAAUGAGAGUCAACUCAUCUGCUAAGAUCACAUGCUCCACGUCCUUGCCUGAUCCCCUGGGUUUGUACCUGCAGAGCGGCUUUCACGACAUAAGGGACAUCGUGUUCUUGUCCUUGGAGAACGGACUAGUCACCAAGAAUACUACAGAUCCAGAAUUUGCAGGCCGAAUUAACGUGGCACCAGACCAGCAGAUCCGGGAAGGCCACGGGUUUACCCUGCAGCUGUCUCUGCUGGGGGAGGAGGACACAAACGUGUAUUACUGUAGCUGGAGAUACUUCAAAUCAGAGACGGCGAAUAUUGAAACGCUGCCCAGCAUUGGCACCGUUAUCAUUGUCAAAGAGAGUUAUCCACAUAUCCAAUGCGGGGAUCACAUUUGGGAUCUUCUCUUGAUUGCCUUUAGUGUGACAGCAUUCACUGUCCUUUUAUUCCUCUUCGUUAGAGGGAUUGUGAGACGCAAACGAGUAAGUACUACUAGUACUAGCCAUCUAGGCCAAAAUUCACACAUACAGUACAUGCAUAUCACACUUGCACAUGCAUGCACAAUGUGACCAUGUGUGAGUAUG